AUGUCGACCACCGUGACCGAAACCAUCGCGCCAACUGCGACUGGCCCUACCAACAACGCAGACCAAUACAGCUUCGACAAGCUUAGCCCCUACACCCACCCGCCUGAGACCAAGGCCGAGCUGCCAUGGUCAGAGCUCGUCACUCUCGAUCUCGAAGACUUUGAUCGACCAGGUGGCAAGGAGCGCUUGGCGAAACAACUGGAGCAUGCCGUCCACCAUGUAGGCUUCUUUUACGUCAAGAACUACGGUAUUGCUCAAGAAGACGUUGAUCGCCAGUUCACGCUGGCGAAGAACUUCUUCGAGCUGCCCGUGUCGGAGAAGGAGAAGUUCGAGGUCAACUAUGGUGCCGCCGACUACAACGGCUGGCGUCGUCCAGGCCGCCGUGUCAUGAGCAAGACCAAGGACAACAUCGAAAUGUACAAUAUGGCCAAGUUCACCAAAGACUUCGAAGGCACGUACGACCAUCCGGAUCUGAUCAAAGCUCAUCUGUCGGAGAUUGAGAAGUUCCACCGAGCGUUGCACUCCAACAUAGUCACGCCGUUGCUGUGUCUCUUUGCCAUCAUUCUCCAACUACCCGACGAAGACUAUCUGGUCAAGCAGCAUACGUAUGAGGAGAAGAGUGAGGACCACUUCCGUUACAUGCUCUACUACUCCCGAAAUGAGCAGGAGUGGAAGGACGCCGACUACGGCAAGAAAGGCGGCCACACUGACCUCGGCACCGUAACACUGCUGUUCCGUCAACCAGUAGCCGGUCUUCAAAUCCUGGGCGAAGACGGCGAGUGGACCUGGGUGUCCCCUCAGCCCGGCACCGUCACCGUCAAUCUCGCGGACACCAUCUCCCACUUGACGGGUGGUUGGCUCAAGAGCAGUGUGCACCGCGUCGUUGCGCCGCCGGAAGACCAGCGGGACUUCAAGCGCACGGGUCUGCUCUACUUUGCUCGCCCGCGUAACAAGACUGUUCUGCUUCCUAUCACUGACUCGCCAGUGCUGGAGGCUGCUGGCGUAAAGCCGAGGUUUGAGGGGAAUGUCACAAUGGAGCAAUGGGUGAAAGCGAAGCAGACGCUGCAGUUGAACCCUGAUAUUGCGGCGAAACGGUGGGCUGAGAAGGGAGACGGUACGGUCGAAGUGCUUGCUGGGUUCAGGGACCAGAAGUACAAGGAGUGA